AUGCCCAAUAACGUUUCCCCAACACGCUCAUCGCCAUCCUCCGCAUCCUCCUCCCGCCGCUCAUCUCUUGACAUGGGCCGCAAUACCCGAGGAAAGAGCUCCACAGCACGCGCCACAAUCCACUCGAGACAUCCUGGCCUCCGACUGGGCAAGCUGCCCGACCCAGCGCCCAUUCCCCCAUCCCUCCUCGGCUCGCCGCUCCUGCAAAAUCCGGAUAGCAUCUUCCGGCGAGGGCUCACCACGCCGCUCCGUCCGUCCGAAGAGGACGAGCGGUGGCUGCAGGACACACCUCAGCGGCGGCGUGCGGGAGGAAGGCGCGCUCAUACGCCGCCCACCGACCCAGCGCACGAGAUCGGCGCAGAUGCACCACCGGCCAAGCCCCAGCAUGCCCAGCAUGCGCAGCGUGAUGCUCUCCCCGCCGCUGGUGCGUCCGCCAAGGACAGCGCCGGGCAACGCGAUCAGGCGCUCACCACCGCGGCAGUACUCAGACUCGCUACUGCCCGUCCGCCAGCGCUGCGCCACAACCCCCUUCCUGCCGCUUGCCUGGCACGACCGCCCAGACUACUUCACCGGCCUCCCACUACGCACGCAAGCGCGAUAGACAGUCUGCCCUGGCACCCCCGCCAUCCGCCUCCUUCGCUCGUUCAUCUCAUGGGCAGACAUAUCGCCUAUGCCAUCCACCAGUACUGA